GUGCAUGCUGGGCCUUGUAGUUUUGUUGGCAGUCUGUGCGGUGCCGGGGCUCACUCAGUGCGGAACCCAUGGUAAUCCCAGCAUGUGUCACCUGGCCUCAUACUGACAAGCACGUGUCAUGGCGCUAAGCCAAGCCUGGCGCUACGCUACACGCUGCACAGCGCAAUCAGGCGAAUAAAAUCACUCCUGCAAUUACUGCAUUGCGCAGCUGUCUUCCUCUCGCCCUCCGGCUGUAGUUGAACUGUUACCCCCUUAACCACUACGUUAAAGAUUAACAACUGGAGGGCCGCAUUCUAAACAUCCCUGCCGGAAGUGUCGUAAAAGCUAGGCGGAAACGUUGACUGUCGUUUGCCGGCGGCUUCCCUUUACGGCCGCGGGUGAGCGGAGAUCGGAAGACAGACUGGGUUAGUGAGAGUGGGGGUCCCGGCUGGGAAGGAGUGGGAUGAGGGGCCGCCUAUGCAAGGCUGUACGUGUCUAACGGCCGCUACUAUCUCGGGUUGUCUCUCCCCCACCAGGAUGGCUGAUGCACCGUCAGGGCCGAGCGUGCUCUCCCAGUACCCCGGAGCCGGACUGCCUCUCGCUUGCGAUCCCGGAGAAGAGCAAGAAGGGGACGGGGAGGAGGAGGAAGGUCGGCACGGCAGGGAAACACCAGAGGGAUUCAAGGGCCACCAUCACCACCAGCUGAACGGGCUCAUUAGCCCCGACCUGCGGCACCUCAAGGCCGUGUCCUCCCUGAAGAACAAGCUCCUAGAGCAGGCCAGGAAGGACGCCGGCCUUGCCCAACACGACGAACGGACUGCCGCAAUUGCUCCCAACGGACUGGAGCGGGUUCAGGGUGAGGAGGAGGAGGAGGAGGAGAGCCUUAGCGCCUGCCUGGCCGCCUGCACCCUGCGGGGAGGGGAAGCGCACAGCAAUCAUGUUAGCCAGGGGGAUGACACGAUACGAUAUGUGCGAUACGAGUCCGAGUUACAAAUGCCCGAUAUCAUGAGACUGAUCACCAGGGAUCUGUCCGAACCUUACUCCAUUUAUACCUAUAGAUAUUUUAUUCACAACUGGCCGCAGCUUUGCUUUUUGGCCAUGGUAGGCGAAGAGUGCGUAGGUGCCAUCGUCUGCAAGUUGGAUAUGCACAAAAAGAUGUUCCGAAGAGGUUAUAUAGCCAUGUUAGCAGUGGAUUCCAAAUACAGAAGAAAGGGCAUUGGCACAAAUUUGGUUAAGAAAGCUAUUUAUGCCAUGGUUGAAGGGGAUUGUGAUGAGGUUGUAUUGGAAACAGAAAUUACAAACAAGUCGGCCUUGAAACUUUAUGAGAACCUUGGCUUUGUGCGAGAUAAGCGCCUGUUCAGAUACUAUUUAAAUGGAGUAGAUGCACUGCGUCUUAAACUGUGGCUGCGUUAAGGAAGGAACGUCUCAUCGAGGAAGUAAUCCCCGAUCGAUGCUUGUCCGGAAAUCCCAUUCAUGCAGCUCUUUUGUCAGUAUCCCGUUGAGUGUCGCACAUAUAUGUUGCACUAAGGCAUGGCGCAGUUGUCCUGAGCUCAGAUUAUUUCUAACAUCAAGAAGGCCUUUUGGUACCGGCAGGAUGUGCCAGUCUCUAGCCAAGACAUAUUCAUUAAUUUGCAAAUCUACUGACUGUGUUGAAGAAUGAUCAUGGAACCUAUAUGCGAACUGUAAUUUUUGGUUCCGGGGGGGAAAAAAAUACAUUACUAACAUUUCAUACUGAACUUGCCAUAGUUUUCUGAGGAAGACAAAAAUAAACAAAAAGAAGCUUUUGAUUUUAGCUUUUAUUUUUCACUAUUGAAUUUUCCAUUCUUAAAUAUUGGUACCUCAGUAAAUAGUGAAUGACAAUAAAAUCCAAUGUAUUGUGGGGUGGGGGUGUGCAUUACAAAAAGUAAUUCAAUUGCGUCUGCCAAUGCUUGUAUAAAUAUAUUUGUCUUCCCCACUAUAUACAUGCAUGCUUUCCUUUCCCCUCCUCUCUUUUUUGUUGUCUUUGCAAAGGAAAUCCAUUUUGGUUUUAUUUAAAUCCUGACAGUAAAUUAUUUCAGAUUUUUUUUUUUUAUCAUUUGGACACCUUUUUGGAUACAGUGGGUGGUGAUCUAUGGCAGCCCUCACUUUAUUUCUUGAGAACUGUAAGCUAUUUAGAGAAUAAAAUGAAUGAUCAUCUAGCUGCUAUAAGAGAAACAAUACUAUAACUUAAAUCUAUGCUGGUUUUGGAUGCACUUUUCUUUAGGAGCUAGGGAUUUUAAAGAAAAAAAAAUAUGUAAAUUGGUAUGAUUUUAUUUAAGACAGAUAAUGUUAGAAGCUCUAAAACUACCACCCUGUUUUUUUUGUUUUUUUUUUUUGUUUUUGUAUUUUAUAUAGCUAAAGAUAGCAAUGUAAUUAAUUGUUCCACAGUUUAUGGUCAUGAAACUAAUCUUUAAAGUAUACUGCAGUGAUGGGCGUAUCGAGACCCUCAGGGAAGGUAUUGAUCUGCAGCUCCCAGUGGCAUUGUGGGAGUUGUAGUACAGCAGCAGCAUUUGAUUGGGGGGGGGGGAGCAGGUUGCCCUUUACAUGCUGCAGCUACAUUUUUUGUUCCAUGCUGUGGCUAAAAUGUUUCACUCUUUUGGGCGUUGCAGCACAGAGUUGUACGUUUUGGAAAUAGCCUCAGAAUCCUUAGUGCCCCUAUAAUUCUUCACAGAUUAACCAAUUUUUCCCCUAAAAAAAAGUUUGUCAUUUUUCUCCAGCCACUCCCUUUGUUUUGGUGGCAACAUUUGUUAAAUUUGAUUCUAUAUGCAGUUUCUAGUACUUCAGAAUUUAUUUUGAUUUUUCUGAUUCUAUAAGCAGUUUCUAGUACUUCAGAAUUUAUAUUGCCUUACUGCUGUAUUGUAAGAUUGGGUGUUUUUGUUAAAUGCGUUUUUUAAAUGUGAAAUAUCAUAUUUCCCAAUAUAGGCUUUGUAAAAAAAAAAAAAAAAGUGUGUCUGGGAUUUUUUUUUUUUUUUUUUCAUUUUGGGUUUUUCUUUUUAAUCUGAUUGAAGGCCACUUAUCAAAACUGUGUAAAUUUGCUCUCCUUAUAACGGUAGAUGUGUAUUAAUGGGGUUUUAUUUGUUUCAAAAGAAAGCUCCAUAAUCAUUCUCCAGGUAUAUCCAUACAAAUAUAAAGCACACUUGCUAACUUGGCUUCACCUAUUCCGCUCAUCACAGUUUUGCUACAGUGCUUCGUAUUCAAUUUUUUAAAGUAAGAUGUCCAGGGUAUUAUGUUUUUUCUUUUUUCCCAUUACUUUCGAAGGGUUAACUUUUGUUUUCUGCUUGUUGUGUGUCAGGCCUUGGUUGAUCUGUCUCCAACUGAGUUUGUACUGUAUGUUAGUGUCCUAAAUAAAUCAUGAGAACAUUUAUUUCAUAUCUUUUUCUGAUAGAGUACAAUCACUUUAGGUUUUAUCCUAACUAUGGGCACAUUUUGGAAAAGGCAGUGUCCUAAAGGAAUUUUGAAGACUUGUGGAAAAUAAAUGUGUUGGAAUGUGCUGGAGUGGCAAAAUGAAAUUGCUCUCUUGUUUAUCAUUGGUAUAGCACAUCAUUUUGGACUGAUAAUUGAUUAAAUGUUGAUGUGUUCUCUU